AUGGAGAGAAGGAUUCUUCGAAGUACAAAGAGAAGAAGGAUCUAUGAAGUUAAAAAUGAUGAAAAGGCUGAAAAUGGAGAAAUUGACGACAUGCUAAGUAAUUUCCCCGAUGGCAUUCUCCUUCACAUUUUGUCAUUUUUGGACGCAAAAUAUGCCGUUCAAACUUGUGUUUUGUCCACGAGAUGGAGGAAUCUCUGGAAACUUAUUCCAACUCUUAUUUUGCAUUCUUCCAAAUUUUCCACUCUGAAGCAAUUUUCCAAAUUCGUGCCUAAGAUUUUGACUCUUCGUGAUACCUCAAUUUCAUUGCACGCCCUUGAUCUUGACCGUCAUGGUCAUAUUGAGCCUCGAAUCCUUAAAAAGAUUUUAGAUUAUGUUUGCUCACAUAAUACCCACCUCCAGAAGUUAGAAAUCUCUUUACGUGGUGAUCAUCGUCUCAUUAUGAGAACUGUUUCAUCAUGUCAUGCUCUUACAUCUCUUAAACUUUCAGUUUGGAAUAGAGGUGGCUCUUGUGACAAUUCUGGAACGCGUUUUCCAAAAUCUUUGAAUUUGCCAUCAUUGACCAACUUAAAUCUAAAAGAAUUUAUCUUUAGUUGCGGUGAAAACAAUUGUGCUGAGCCUUUUUUCGGCUUUACCAAGUUGAAUAGUUUGGUCAUUGAUUGUUGUAGUAUUUGGGAUGCAAAAACCCUAAAGAUAUCAAGUGAGACACUUGUAAAUUUAACUAUGCACAAAAAUAUAUUUUACAUUGACAAAAUUGAGUUAUCUACUUCAAGUCUUUGUACCUUUACUUAUACCGAUUGUUUUAUUCCGAGAAUAUGUGGGACUGGUCUUGCUUCUGUUAAACAAUUCUAUGUUGUUGUAACAAUGGGUCAAUAUUUGGAGAAGCCUGGUAUGGUUCUACGCAGUUGGCUACUAGAUCUUGCCAAUGUAACAUCAUUGACCAUUUCUUCGACUACUCUUCAGAUUCUCUCCUUAGUUCCUGAAUUAUUAGAGCUUAAGCUCCCUUCUUUGUGCAACUUAAAGUCUAUGGAAAUAAAACUGGAACCACUUGAACGUUCUCGGGGAUUAUUCAACAAAGUGAAAGAUGAAAUGUUAAAGAAAAUUGCUGCCAAGUCAAUGAAACAAGUUUUCGAGUUACGAAGAGCAGGUUUGAAACCACCUCCCAUACCAGAUGGAAUAGUUGCCUUCUUGCUUCAAAACUCUCCGUCCGCAAAAGUUCACAUCACAACCAAGUACCCGGAUAUUUUUAAGAUUAAGCAGGAUGAUAAAUCAUCAAAUGAAGAUAAGGUGGAGAAGUGCCAAACUAACAUAGUAACUUCUUGA